AUGAAUCGAUCUGUGCUUUUGCCGGUGGACUCGCGCGCAUGCGCACAGCCGCUCAGGCUGGUGGGAGGGGCCAGUCGCUGCGCCGGGACAGUGGAGCUCAGACUCAGAGGAGAGUGGAGACGAGUGUGGAAGAAUAGUGAAGUCUGGACCGAGGAGGACUCAGCUGCUGUGUGCAGAGACCUGGACUGUGGGUCUGCUGUUUCUGGACGUAAGAGACGUGGUUUUCCAGACAGUCUUGUGUGGUGGAUCUCACCUGACUGCAUGAAGAGGAGGAAGACUAAAGUGAGAGACUGUGUUUAUGACGACACUUUCUCCCACACGUCUGGUGUGGAGGUGAUGUGUUCAGACUUACUGAACCGUCCAGUCCUGUCCCUCUCUGUGACUGUGGGGGCCUCCCAGGUCCAGGACUCCCAGGUCCAGGACUCCCAGGUCCAGGUCUCCCAGGUCGGGGUGCAGGUGGUGCGUGUGCAGUUGGGGUCUCAGUUCUCGGUCCAGUGCUCGGUGAAGCCUCAGUUCCCAGGAGGCUCCUUCCAGCUGCUCUCUCCCUCUGGGAACCACACCCUGCCUGCUGUCAAUCACUCUGCACACUUCCUGUUCAAUCACACUGGCCCCGCCCACAAAGGAAACUACACCUGUGUUUACCACCUACAGGUGUUCAACCACAGCUUCACCUCCGAGAGCGAGAGACUGGAGCUGAGGCUGGGAGCCCGGAGCGACCCGGCGGAGAGGGCCCAGAGGGAGGGGAGCGACCCGGGGGAGAGGGCCCAGAGGGAGGGGAGCGACCCAGGGGAGAGGGCCCAGAGGGAGGGGAGCGACCCGGGGGAGAGGGCCCAGAGGGAGGGGAGCGACCCGGGGGAGAGGGCCCAGAGGGAGGGGAGCGACCCGGGGGAGAGGGCCCAGAGGGAGGGGAACGACCCGGGGGAGAGAGCCCAGAGGGAGGGGAGCGACCCAGGGAAGAGGGCCCAGAGGGAGGGGAGCGACCCGGGGGAGAGGGCCCAGAGGGAGGGGAGCGACCCGGGGGAGAGGGCCCAGAGGGAGGGGAGCGACCCGGGGGAGAGGGCCCAGAGGGAGGGGAACGACCCGGGGUAG